AUGGAGAUAUCUCAAUCUUGUGAAGGAAUUUUCUUGUCCCAAAAGAGGUAUGCCUUCAAUCUGUUAAAAAGGUUCAAGCUUGACAAGUGCAAAGUUGUUGCAACUCCACUUGUUGUGAAUGAAAAAUUAAUGAAGGAUGAUGGCGAAGAGAGGGCAGAUCCAAAAGUUUAUAGAAGUCUUAUUGGAAAUCUAUUGUAUCUAACAGCUUCUAGGCCAGAAAUAAUGCUCACUGUCAGUUUGUUAUCUCGAUAUAUGCAAAGCAUUUUUUCUUGGAGCACAAAGAAGCAAGAUAUUGUAGCACAAUCUUCAGCAGAAGGCGAGUAUGUGGCUGUUGCAUCUGCUACAAAUCAAGCAAUUUGGUUAAGAAAGAUCUUGUUGGAAUUGAAUUUGUUGCCAAAAGAACCAACAGUGAUUUGUGUGGACAAUAAAUCAGCCAUUGCGAUGGCUGAAAAUCUGGGGCAGCAUGGAAGAACAAAGCAUAUCAACAUAUGGUUUCAUACUUUAAGAGAUGCUGAGAAGAUUUAA